AAAAAGAAAUCGAAAGAAAGAUGAACAAGAAGAUGAUCUUGUAUAUGUAUAUAAGCACAUGUAUAUGCGUAUGUAUAUAAAAGAUAAAAGAAGGAUCAAAACUUCUGUUAAAACAAGGUCGAUUCUUUCUUGGGUUUGGCAAAGGGGGAUAAGCAAUUUGUUCCGUAAUUGCAAUAAAUUUCACUACCCAAGAGUGAGAAGCGCCAAAGUCACGGAAAUUCGAUCUAGGGUUUUAGCCCCCCUUUCUCUCUCUCUUUGAAUCGCGACACCGGGGAGAAUGAUCGAUUUCAGUCGAGUUCAAAAGGAGUUGCAAGACUGCGAGAAGGACAAGGAUGCUUCCGGCAUUCGGGUCAGCCCGAAAUCCGACAAUCUCACCCGUCUCGUAGGAACCAUUCCCGGUCCAAUCGGGACGCCUUACGAGGGCGGUACAUUCCAGAUUGACAUCACGUUGCCAGAUGGGUACCCGUUUGAGCCUCCGAAAAUGCAAUUCACGACCAAAGUUUGGCACCCGAAUAUUAGUAGCCAAAGUGGGGCAAUUUGCUUGGAUAUCCUGAAGGAUCAGUGGAGUCCGGCUCUUACUUUAAAGACAGCCCUUGUUUCCAUUCAAGCUUUACUGUCUGCUCCUGAGCCUAAUGACCCUCAAGAUGCUGUUGUAGCUCAGCAGUACAUCAAGGAACACCAGACAUUCGUUACAACUGCUCGUUACUGGACAGAAACUUUCGCCAAGAACUCUUCUCUUGAGGAAAAGGUCACGAGACUCGUGGAGAUGGGUUUUGGUGAAGCUCAAGUAAGGAGUGCUCUUGAAUCUGCCGGUGGAGACGAGAACUUGGCCCUCGAAAAGCUCUGUUCUGCCUAGGAUCUGUCUAUGUAAUGGUAAAUAAAACCCGAGCUUUUUAACUGAUUGUUAUCUUCUCGGGCCUCGGGUUUUCCUUUUCUCCUUCUGAUUUAUGUUACUUCUCUUGCCUGCCGCCGAGGGCGGAGUUGGUGUACCGGACCAAAGCAAUGCUAUAUAUACAUAUGUUGUUGCUCUGUGAUUAGGGUUAGUUUUGUUUGUUUUGGUCAA